AUGAAGCCGAUUUCCCUCAUCCACGCUAUUCUUCUCGGCGCAACGGUAGCCUCAAGCUCCAUCAUUCCUCGCGCCUCUGAACGAUCAUCAUCGUCAAAGGAGCCAGAAGAUCCGAUCAUUCUCCUGAGCAAAGACGAAAGCUUUCAUUUCGACUUGCUCUUCACCCUCGGGAACGCCAUAUUCGGUGCCGGCGACGUCAACGAUGUCUUGGCCGCAGCGAAAUACAUCAAGGCUGGGAACUUCACCAACUGGCUUGAGUACAUGCACGCUUUGGCCGAGGAUACCAAGAAGCAAGCCGAGGAUCCGGACAAUGCGUACGAUCUGUUGAACGAUCGGGAAGCCUGGUUUGCCGCGUCGAGUUAUUAUCGUCAAGCCGACUUCCUUGACCCAGCCUGCUUUCUCGGCCAGCCCGAUAAUGGCCCGCAGAGCGAUUGA